UACGGGAAGCCAUUUUUUCCUUGUGACCGCCUUUCAUCCGGUCCACGCGGUUCUCAUCGCUCGUGCACCCGAGGAGAUCCUGACGUUAAUCAGGAUUUUGUAUAUUUGUUGAGGCCGGUUAAUUCAUUGGAGUCUUCCAGCUUCAUUGUUUCAUGUGUCAAAGUGCCAUUGGCAGGAGAAUUUCAUGAAAAUGGCGAGAUAUGGGCAGCGUCCCGAGAACGCCCUGAAACGGGCCAAUGAGUUCAUUGAGGUGGGAAAACCAGCGAGAGCUCUCGACACUCUCCAGGAAGUCUUCCGUAACAAAAAAUGGACGUACAGCUGGUCGGAGUCGGUUUUGGAGCCGAUAAUGUUCAAGUACUUGGACCUCUGCGUGGAAUUGAAAAAAUCUCACAUAGCAAAAGAGGGUCUGUUCCAAUACCGAAAUAUGUUUCAAUCAGUGAACGUCGGAAGUUUGGAGAAUGUUAUUCGUGGAUACCUGCGGAUGGCAGAGGAGAAGACAGACGCUGCGAGAAAACAGAGUCAACAAGCAGUAGUUGAUAUCGAUGAUCUGGAUAAUUUGGCGACUCCAGAGAGUAUUCUCCUGUCAGCAGUGAGUGGAGAGGAUGCACAGGAUCGAAGUGAUCGAACCAUUCUCACACCGUGGGUGAAAUUCCUGUGGGAAUCCUAUUGCCAGUGCCUGGAGCUCCUCAGAACGAACGCUCACGUGGAGACUCUCUACCACGACAUCGCAAGAAUGGCCUUUCAGUUCUGCCUGGAGUACAACCGAAAAACAGAAUUUCGAAAACUCUGCGAGAAACUCCGGAAGCACCUGGAGGAGAUCUGCAAGCUCCCCCAGCUGGUCUCAAAUGUCUCCAUGAAUAAAGCGGAAACCCAGCAGCUGAACCUGGAGACACGCCUGAUCCAACUGGAUUCAGCUAUUCAGAUGGAACUCUGGCAAGAGGCUUACAAAGCCACCGAGGAUAUCCACGGGCUCAUGAAUCUCUCUAAGAAGCUCCCAGUCCCCAAGACGAUGGCAAAUUACUACCAGAAAUUGGCGAUGGUCUUCUGGAAGGCUGGAAACUAUCUGUUCCACGCAGCAGCUCUCUUCAAACUUUUUCAGCUGUCCAAAGAGAUGAAAAAGAACAUGUCCCCAGACGAGCAGCAGCGAAUGGCAAACAGAGUCCUCCUGGCGACACUCUCAAUUCCUCUGCCAUCAGCCCAUCCCGAAUUCGAUCGAUUCAUCGAGACUGAUAAAUCUCCUCUGGAAAAAGCACAAAAACUGGCUAUUCUUCUUGGUCUUAGCCAGCCACCAACUCGUGCAUCACUUCUCAGAGAUAUUGUACGUCUCAAUGUCGUUAAUUUGGCAUCACCCCAGCUCCAGGACCUCUACUCCUGGCUGGAGGUCGAUUUCCAUCCUCUGGAGCUUUGCUCACGCGUGCAAUCUGUCAUCCAGACACUUCAGGUCGAUGAAACGAGUACUCUCGCUCAAUACGUUUCAGCACUCCAGGAUGUAACACUCGUUCGUCUUGUACACCAGAUAUCUCAAGUUUAUCAGACAAUUCAAUUCGCACGUCUUAUUGAACUCGCUAAAUUCACGACAGCUUUUCACCUGGAGCGUCUUCUCGUGGACUGCGUUCGUUACAACGACAUGCAAAUAAGAAUUGAUCAUGGAAAGCGUUGUAUUCACUUUGGAGUUGAUCUCAGUGAGGCACAGCGUGAAGAUCAUCCUGAUGGACCUGUCCUCCAGGCAAUGCCCUCAGAGCAAAUUCGCUGUCAACUCGUCAAUAUGGCAACUGUCCUGCAUCGUGCCAUCAACGUUAUUAAUCCAAAUAAACGUAAACAGGAACGUGAGAAGCUGAGAAAUGCGAUGGUUACACUCUACCACGAGACCAAGAGCAAGGAGCACCAGAGAAUUCUCGAGCGACAGGUGAUUAUUGAGCAGCGUAAAGAGUAUAUUGAGCGUGUCAAUACAAUUCGCGAGGAGGAGGAGAUGAGGAGGCAGGAGGAACUCCAUCGACAGCAGCUGAUGGCAGAGCAGAAACGCCUGGAGCAGGAGCGUGAAGAGAGGGAGCGUAAACGCCAGCAGAGUGAGAUCCAGCAGAUCAAGGAUCGUCAUCUCAAAGAGAAGAUGGAUCAGAUAUCGAAGACGAGUCAUGGACAGAAGGUCCUGAAGAAACUCGAUGAGGACGAGAUAAAGAAGCUGGAUGCUGAGCAAAUAGCUGCGAGAGAGGCUGAGGAGUUGCAGAAAGAACGUCGUGAGAUGCAGCAGAAGCUCAAGUCCCAGGAGAAGAAGGUGGAUUACCUGGAGCGUGCCAAGAGAAUCGCUGAGAUUCCACUCCUGGAGAAGGCUGUGGAGGAGCAGCAGGAGUUGGCUAAGCAGUGCUGGGAGCAGCAGGAGGAGGAGAGAAUUCUGGCUGCUAUUGAGGAGCGCAACCAGGCUGUCGCGACUCGGGAGAGAAUGCUCAAGAUGAAGGAAGACGCUGAGGUAUUCCUCUCGAAGAUUCUCUCAGAGAGGAAGAACGUUUACCUGGAGAAACUCGUGGAGUUCGAGGCGAAGUUCAGUGAGGAGAGGAUUAUACGCCUGAUGGAGCGAAGAGUGGAGAGAAAAGCGGAGAGACGGGAGAAGUGGGAGAGGGAGAAGGCUGAGGCAGCUGAGAGGAAGUAUCAGGAGGAAUUGAGGAUUAAGCAGGAGGAGGAGAGGAAGAAAAUGGAGGAGGAGAGGGCAAAGAGGGAGGAGGAGGACAGGAUCAGAAGGGAGGAGGAGGCUGCCAAGGAUGCUGAGAGACUGGAGAAAUUGGCGAAACAGGCGGAGAUCAUCAGGGCUAAGGAGAUGGAGAUCGAAAAGAAACUCGAGGAGGAGAGGCGUAAGAAUAUGGAGCCAUCGACUUGGCGGCGAGGAGAUAAUGCGGAUCGCGAUAGGGGUAGAAGUGAUCGUGGGGGAUUCCGUGAGAGGGAGAGGGAGAGGGAAAAGCCUGUGGAGAUGUCAUCCUGGAGGAGUGAACCCAGGGAGGAGCCCAAGCCCAGGGUGGAGGAGGAUAGAAAGCGCAGGGAUGAUGAGAGGGCUAGCAAGUGGGGAGGAUUCUCCAAGGACAAGGAUUCCAGAUUCGAUAAAGGACCCACUCGCACUAUGGGUAGUAACUGGAGGCGUGGCGAUGAUCGAAGGGAUGAUAGACGCGAUGGGGAUGAUCGCAGAGAUGACAGGAGGGAUUUUAGAAGGGAGGAUAGACGGGAUGAUAGAGUCGCGGAGAGGGGCCCACCGAAACGAGCUGAAGGUAUGAGACGACCCGAGGAUGACAGACCCAGGUAUCAACGAUCUUCUGCGUCUACUGAGGGCUCAUGGAGGACCAGGGAUAAUCAGGAUUCUCCACGCGAGCAACCGAGCAAGCGGGAUGACAGAGAUGAUCGUGAUCGUCGGGAGGAAAAACCGAAACGCGAGGAGCGACGAGAGACAGCAGAAGACGACGGCUGGUCGCGCGUAGUCAAACGCUAAAAAUCUGAUAGAAAUUAUCUCAUUUAUUAAUACUGAGGAAGGAAAAGUAAUAAAAUUCAAAUAAUCUUUACGAUAAUUGGUCUGAGCAACUGGGAAUUACAGGGGUUUCGAUUGUUUUUUUUUUCGGAGCUUUGGGAUUAUCGGAGACCACAAAAUCAUUUUCUACUGCCAGACUUUUUACUUUUAGUAAUGAUGCAGGAGUGCGGAUGUAUAGGUAUUUGAAUUUCAUCGAUUUUUUUUUUCACUUUUAUUUCGAAUUGAGUAUUAUUUUAAAAUCAAAUUCAAUGGACUUUUCGUGCUUUGUAAUAAAUGAGAUACAGUGACCGGAAAAAAUUAAGUUUAAUUGAAGGAGGGAAUUAUGUAUGUGAGCAAUGAGGUGUUAUGUUGCUAGUUCGGCGCACCUCUAUUAAUAAAGUUCUCUUGUAUCUGAA